AUGAACCCCGAAUACGACUAUCUCUUCAAGCUCCUCCUGAUCGGUGAUUCCGGUGUCGGAAAGUCUUGUCUGUUGCUUCGAUUCGCAGACGACACUUACACCGAGAGCUACAUUUCCACCAUCGGUGUUGACUUCAAAAUCAGAACCAUCGAGCUUGAUGGCAAGACAGUGAAGCUUCAGAUCUGGGACACCGCUGGCCAGGAGCGCUUCCGUACCAUCACAUCAUCCUACUACCGCGGCGCCCACGGUAUCUGCGUUGUCUACGAUGUCACCGACAUGGAUUCAUUCAACAACGUCAAGCAGUGGCUGCAGGAGAUCGACCGCUACGCUACCGAGGGCGUCAACAAGCUCCUCGUCGGUAACAAGAGCGAUAUGACCGACAAGAAGGUCGUCGAGUACAACGUUGCAAAGGAAUUCGCUGACAGCCUCGGCAUUCCCUUCCUCGAGACUUCGGCCAAGAACGCAUCCAACGUCGAGCAGGCCUUCUUGACCAUGGCUCGCCAGAUCAAGGAGCGCAUGGGCAACACCACUGUCAACAACAAGCCUACCGUCCAGGUUGGUCAAGGUAGCACCGUCCAGAGCGGCAGCGCCGGUGGCUGCUGUUAA